AUGCAGCAUACCACGAUAUCCUGGCUUCGGCUGGGCUUGAAUUAGCCCUUUUUUUUGCUGUCCUCCGCUCUUUGCAUCAGUGGCUUCCUAGUUCGAGCGAGGGCAUCUGUUGUGUAGCUGAGAUGUGUGUCUUCGUGAAGGAACAUGUAGAGAGAGUCGUAUUGGCAUUCGCAUCAAGCGCAUUGCGCAUUUUUCGAAUUUUGGCCUCCUUCCAGGGACCUUGAUUUUUACCCGCUGGCACUGACGUCUUUCAAUUGGUCAGCAGGUUAGCGCGGUCGAUGCUAAUAAUCAAAACACACAUAUUUUUACCCGCUGGCACUGACGCCUUUUAAUUGGUCAGCCGGUUAGUGCGAUCGAUGCUAAUAAUAAAUACACACACACAUAAAAACACACACACACACACAACACGUGUUUUCAACCGCACUAAGACUGACGUCGUUUCAUUGGUCAGCCGGUUAGCGCGGUCGAUGCUAAUUAUAAAAGCACACACACGCACACGUCGCCUGGGCAGCCGUGGUGUAUCUGAUGUCUCAAUCGUGGGCCGUUUGUUAAUUUCCUUUACCAUCCGAAAUUCUGGGCGACUGCCGUACAACUAAUGAAAGUGCACUCUUAACUGACCGAACGGCCUUUCGAACCGGUAGGCAAACAUUUACUUUUGUUUACAUGUGUCCAGCUCUUCUCGACCCGGCAGCACAGGCUAACCAUCACCAUCCUCCACGUGUGUGUGCGUGUGAGCCCUUGCAUACAUCGCACGGGCAGGGCAGAAAGGAAACGUCCUCUUUCUUUGCUUAGGGUUCCAGACUUUGUCCGACUCUGGACGCCGCAAGCUCUGGUCCACUAAACAUUUUUUCGCCGGUUCAACGUCGGGCUGGGGUGCUGAACGUUUCGCCUCAUGUCCACGGCGAUUCCCAGGGUGUUCAGCAGGGUAUGCACCCUUGUGGUGUACGCAUUUUCGGUGCAGGCCCUGAACUGCUGCAACGCCGCCCCCGCCGCCCCCGCCGCCCCCGCCCAGCCAAGAUCGGCAACCCCUUCACAGAAUGUGGCGUCCUGCAGCAGCGGAGGUGGCGGUGCUGCUGUAGCUCGUAGACUUUGUAGUCUACCACAGAGGUUACACUGCUGUCACCGCUCUAUCACAGAGGGUGGUCUACACUGCUGUGAGAUCGGUAGGCCCGAGCGAGCUCUGGAAAGAGAAAUGUAGAUAGAUUUUCUUAUCAACUGACUCCCUGGUCAGGCUUUGAUGGGUGCUAUUAUAAAUAGAUGAGAGUGAGCACAAGGGGCGAAGGCGCGCUUGUGUCUCAUCUCAACAACAAAAC